GCCAAACCGGGGAAGAGGCAGGAGACCAGAGAUACACCGAAACUAAUUCAGAUCCAAAGAAUAAAGAGGGUCCUACAGGCCGAUGACCUCACCUGCUGGCAUCAACCAGAUUGAGAACUGAACUGAAGGAUAGUGAACCCUCAAAGGCAGAUAACAAACAACUGUCACAACGGACGUACCUUUACCUGUACAGAAACUGCCAUUAACACAAUGGCGACCGCAGAACCUGCCCCAGCCUGGUGGAAACUGACCUUCCUGCGAAAAAAGAAAUCGGAGCCAAAAGUGCUGUAUGAAAUCGCAGGAGACCACAGCAGCAAUGGCGGAGAGGCAUCUGGGACCACUGAUGCUGCAACAGACAGCCAGUUUAAUGCCCGCUUGGAGCGCAUUGUGGACAAAACAGCAACAAAGGGGCGACAUGUGAAAGUCUCGCAUUCAGGUCGCUUUAAAGAGAAGAAACGAAUCCGCUCUACUCUAGCAGAAAACCCUGAGCUUUUCCCUGAGGCCGAAACGACAGCUAAUGAGAACAAUAAAAGUGGAAAAUAGAGUCGCUGUGUAAACACACUAGCAUGUGUGUGUAAAGCAGCUCAAGAGGGCCAGCACUCUUCCAAUUGACGUCCUCUGCCGUUUACAAUCGCCUGAAGCUCUGAGCCUGAAGCAAGAGCAGGAUCGCUGAAUUAAUGACUGAUCUAUACUGAUGUUUGGUAACAAAGACAUGCACAAACCCAAAGAUCAGGUUUCUUCACAGAUACACACAGCACCACUGCAUUGUGGUCGACCCUUGAAAGGCUGACAUUUAGCAAAUGUUUAGCAAAGAGAAGGAAUCAAACCAAUCAUAUAGCAGCACAAGAUGUCAGUAAUGAUAGUGGUUAUUCUUUGAUUAUUUCUUAUAUAUUAUAUGGUGAAUCAGUUGCAGCUAGAGCACUUGUGAUUCAACAUAUUAAAAAAUUAUUACAAGCAUUGUGCUACAAUGUUAAAAGGUUUUUUAGUAAUGUCUAUUCCAAAUUUAUACUGUAAUUAUAUUAAACAUAGAUUGCUGGUAUCUUUGAAAAACUAAAUAAAAACAAAGUGUCAUCAUUGCUUGAAUAGACCAAAAUAUAUAUUCUGAAUAAUAACUCUCUUGCUAUAAUACACAAUUUUAGCCUCUUGUGUUGCUGUGUCGGGUUUCAUUUAGAUUUUUAAUCUUGGUUGCUAUUUAUUGUACAGAGAUUUUAUAAAAUGUAAUCUGAAAAUGGAGGGGGUUUAUAAUUGCUUUUUGUUUAAUAAAAUGGUCAAACAUUUGCACAAUGUCUAAUUUAAUAGUUUGCUUAGCUGUGAUUAAACACUUAGUUUUGUACAAAUGUAUGCAUUGUUUCAAAUAUACCUCUGUAGAAAAUAAAUUAUUGCUUUCAAGAUGUG